AUGAACUGCUUUGGAGAUUCGCCCUGGGAGCUUUGUGGAUUGGAAAGCAAAGAUGAGUCUAGCCUUAUGAAGUACAAGUUUGUAUGUAUCGACAUUCGGAAUUUCUCGGAUGGGGACUUCUUGCAGGAACUGCUGAAAGCCCAUGGGGGUUCCUUACCCGAGAUCUGCAACAUCACCGGCUUUCACAACAAGCUCAUCCACUAUGAUACGCUUCAUGUGUGCUACAGGGGCUUCGCCCCGGACCUGGUAGCAUCGGUGAUGCUUGAUAUCUUCCCCGAUCGGGGGGGCUUGAUCAAGGCUCAUGACCUGUGUUGUCUGUGGGCGAAAGCUAAUGGUGCUGAACUCGCUUGCGACGACUUCAUAUUGAAUGCUGAUGAGAAAUAUGCCACACUUAAUGCCAAGGGUGCUGACAUUAAGCUU